AUGGGCACCCCAGCUUCAGUGGUGAGUGAGCCACCCCCGUGGCAGGCCCCAGCCAUGGCCCGGGGCCGCAAGCAGGCCUCAGCCAACAUCUUCCAGGACGCCGAGCUGCUCCAGAUCCAGGGGCUCUUUCAGCUCAGCGGGGACCAGCUGGCUGAAGAGCGAGCGCAGAUCAUCUGGGAAUAUGCAGGGGACCACCACGUGGCGGAGGCCUUGAGGCGGCUGCGCAGGAAGAAGCCCCCACGCCAGAGGGCACUGGGCCACACGCUCCAUCCCUGCAGCCAGCUCAGAGUCCCAGGGCCGUGCUCUCCACUGGUUGACCCAGAGAGUAGUAAUGCUGUGGAGGCAGCCGCCAGUGAGCAAUACGCCAGGAAGACGAGCACGAGGGUCCGCCAGAACUGGAGGAAGCCGGGCCCCUCAGGCUACCUCCAUAAGAUCAGACACUGA